AUGUCUGUCAAUAAAGCUUGUCUGCUAAACGCAACAUUACACUUUUCAUUUCUCGUAACCUUUCGGCUUCUUUCCUUUCCAUCCCUUGUUGGAUACUCCUUUCCAUCCCUUGAUGGAUAUUUCUUUCCGUCCCUUGAUGGAUACUCCUUUCCAUCCCUUGAUGGAUAUUUCUUUCCGUCCCUUGAUGGAUACUCCUUUCCAUCCCGUGAUGCAUACUCCUUUCCAUCCCUUGAUGCAUACUCCGUUCCGUCCCUUGAUGGAUAUUCCUUUCCAUCCCUUGAUGUAUACUCCUUUCCAUCCCAUGAUGCAUACUCCUUUCCGUCCCUUGAUGGAUAUUACUUUUCGUCCCUUGAUGGAUACUCCUUUCCAUCCCUUGAUGGAUACUCCUUUCCGUUCCUUGAUGGAUAUUCCUUUUCGUCCCUUGAUGGAUAUUCCUUUCCAUUCCUUGAUGGAUACUUCUUUCCGCCCCUUGAUGGAUACUCCUUUCCGUCCCUUGAUGGAUACUCCUUUCCGUCCCUUAAUGGAUACUCCUUUCCAUCCCUUGAUGGAUACUCCUUUCCGUUCCUUGAUGGAUAUUCCUUUUCGUCCCUUGAUGCAUACUCCUUUCCAUCCCUUGAUGCAUACUCCUUUCCAUCCCUUCAUGGACACUCCUUUCCGUCCCUUGAUGGAUACGCAGGAGAAGAACCAACUUUAUGCUUUUUUAUGUAA